CAUCAAACCGCGCGCCUGUUCGCGGUGUUGCCCCUCACUCCUCGCGCCAGUUCCAGAGGUGUGCGGAAGCCAUGGCGGCCGCCAACCCGUGGGACCCAGCGUCCUCGCAGACUGCAGCUGGGUUACUGCUAAACCACUUGGUAGCUUCGGGCAUAGUCACUAAGGAGAUGUUAGAUGUAUCUAAGAAAAUGGCUCCUUGCUUUGUGAACUUUUCCAGAUUACAACAGAUCUCAGAUAUUCAAGCUGAAAUCUACCAGAACAAUCUGGAACUUGAACUUUUGAAGCUAGAAAAGGAUACAGCAGAUCUUAUUCAUCCUUCCCAUUUGAUUGAGAAAUGUGAUGUUCUGCAAAGCAUGAAUAAUCAUCUGGAAGCAGUGCUAAAAGAGAAGCAUGCCAUCAGGCAAAGACUGCUGAGACCCAUGUGCCAGGAGAACUUGCCAUUGGAAGCUGUUUAUCACAGAUAUGUGGUACAUAUGUUGGAUCUGGCUGUGACUUUCAUUGAGAAAUUUGAAACCCAUCUUGAAACAGUUAAAAAUAGCCCUCAUUUAGACGCAAACCUAAAGCAAAUGAGCAAAGCUUUAGCCAAGAUGGAUAUUUUGGUGAACAAGACAGAAGAACUGGCAGAGAAUAUACUCAAGUGGCGAGAACUACAAACAGAAAUUUCCUUGUAUAUCCCCAAAAUGCUAACUGAAGAACGCCAUCUUCAUGAACUUGACAUAGUGCCUCCUUUACCUUUUUUUCCUAAGGCUCACACCGAAACCUCCAGGGCCAAGUGAUGUCAUCUUUACUUUGGAUUAAUUACAUGUAGUCAAAGAAGUCCGUUUCUAGAUUGUUGUGACAGGGAUAUUGAUAGUUUUUCUUGCUAGCAAUAUUAAUGGAAUAGUGGAGCCAGAAAGAUGUCUCAGUGGGAAAAAGCUCCUACUUCAAGCCUUCCAGCCUGAGUUCAGUCCCUGGGAUCCACAUUAGCAGAAGGGGAUCACUGAUUCCCACAGAUACUCGAUCCUAUGGUGUCCACACUUGUGUCAUCAUAUGUAUGUGCCUGUACACACAAAAAUAGAAAAAUGAAAGUGUGUGUGUGUGUGUGUGUGUGUGUAUGUAUGUAUGUAUGUAUGUGCACGCGCACAUGAGAGAGCGAGCACAUUGGAGUACAUAUGGCUUCACUUCUUUACAUGUUUUCACUCUCUUUCUUCAGUGAAGCUUAAAAAUGAUAACUGUGGGGCUGGUGGGUUGGCUCAGGGGAUAAGAGCACUGGCCACUCUACCACAGGUCCUGAGUUCAAUUCCCAGCAACCACAAGGUUGCUCACCACCAUCUAUAAGGGGGUCUGAUGCCCUCUUCUGGCCUGCAGAUGUAUGUGCAGCAGAGCACUCACAUUGAAUUAAAAUUGUUUUACUAACAACAAAAAAGAUUAACUAUAUGCAUGAUAGUUUAUUAUAAGUGAGUUGAACAUUCUUCAUACAGAAGAUUGUGUGCUAUGAUUCUGCAUUACAUCUUUUAAAACCAUUUCUGAAUUGAAUGUUCCUGAAUCUGAAACUGUCGUGAUUAUUCCUGUGAGAUUGUAGAUUAGCUACAUACCAGGACUGUAACCCUUUGAAGACUUCGUAAAGUGGUGGUUCCUUGGCUGACCCAUCUAGAAACUUAUGUAAUAAGAGGCUGAGAAGGGCUCAGUUUGAACAGACUGUACAGUGUAGUUUGUGUGGGAUACUUUCUUUCCUUCUGAGAGCCUAGGAUGUUGGUCCGUACCAAGUAGAAAGUACCUUUGGUACUGGUCCCUGGCAUUGCAGAGCACCUCGUCCCUAACAGUUUUGAUGGUAGAUAGCAUUCAACAAAUGUAACAAAGCCGGGUGUGGUGGCGCGAGCCUUUAAUCCCAGCACUCUGGAGGCAGAGGCAGGCGGAUUUCUGAGUUCGAGGCCAGCCUGGUCUACAAAGUGAGUUCCAGGACAGCCAGGGCUACACAGAGAAACACUGUCUCGAAAAAACAAAACAAAACAAAAAAAACCAUGUAACAGCUGAGUUGCUGUACUGAGUCACUGCUGUGAGUGAUGACACCAAGUCUCAUAACUCCUCUUGGCAGAUAGAUCACUCACUGAACCUGGCUGUGUUAGGAAAUAAACGCUGAGGACCAACAGAGAAGAAACGGAGUCUUCGUGUAAAAGUUUAGAAUUCUUUGUUUUGGUACUUCCUAUAUGUAGCCAAGGCAGAACUUGAACUCACUAUGUUUCCCAGGGUGGUCUCAAACACAUGAUUUUCCUUGCCUCUGCCGCCCUAGUGCUGGAAUCACAGACAUGUGGUAUCAUAUCUGGCUAAAGUUUAGAGGUUUGUAAUGGAAAAUACUAAUAUAUUUUACCUACUUAGGGUUAUUUUUAUUUUAUUAUUUUAGGGUUAUUCUUAAGAUGGAGGCAAGUAUACUUAAAAGUAGAGAUUGUAACAAUUGUCUCAAGAUUUUCUCACUCAUCAGUCCUGUAAGUACUUCGCCUUAUGUUUAAGCUAGGAUCUGAGUUCCUUUCAAACGUGUGCAUUAGGAUUUCCUUACUGUUUUAUUCUGCACUGUGGGAGUGUAGCAAACCUGCUCAUCAUGCUCUUAAUACAAGACUUGGUGCAUAGUAAAGUAGAUGUUCACAAGGAAGCAGGGUCUUUACCCUACCCCCAACCUCCAAAAGGGCCCUGCUAAAACAAUAGAUUAUUGUCUUGAAAGUCUCCCGCUUUUACAAAUGUGCCAUAUAAGAGUGGUGUUAAAGUUGGGUGUGGUGACGCACGCCUUUAAUCCCAGCACUUGGGUGGCAAAGGCAGGCAGAUUUCUGAGUUCGAGGCCAGCCUGGUCUACAAAGUGAGUUCCAGGACAGCCAGGGCUAUACAGAGAAACCCUGACUCCAAAACAAACAAACAAACAAAAAAACCAGAGAAACCCUGUCUUCAAAAACCAAAAAAAAAAAAAAGUGGUGUUAAGGUUUUGAACAUCACCUAGCCAAGUUAGUAAAAUCUUUAUUUGUAUUUCAUCUCAAUUUUUUUAACUAUUCAUUUUCCUUGUAUGAAUUCUUGUGUGUUUUAUGUGUAAAUAUAUUCAUUAUUUUGACACUAUCAAUAUUCUUUGUGGUUUUGUAAUUUUUACUUUUAUUAAUGACUCAAGCUGUAAAAAUAAACUAAUUUCAACUAAA